UAAAACCAGCAUGCAGACUCAGCCAAUCUGAUACAGCCUAACAAUGGUGUAAGAGAGGCUGUUGAACAGUGGAAGCUGUGCCUCCUGUUCUACUGUAGAUGUAAGAACAAGAUCCUAAAGGAUAGAUCCCGGAGAGCUGCAAGCUACUGCUUAGUUUCAGGAACACAAGAUUGGAGGAAAGGUAUCUGAGAUAUUCCAGCGUUCCCUUUAGCUGAACACCUCGUACAAAGUAAAACCAUUAUCAGAGCUGAAUUCCUGGAAAUCAAGGAUUUAUCCUGAAAACUUAUUUGGAUGUUACAAGGAUUGUGUCAAUGCAAGGUUUUUUUAAACGUUCUUUUUGCAGGCUACACUAUAGAUGAGGAGAUCCCCCUAGGACCUCAAGACAACUAGGAGAAAACAUGAAGCUUGUCCAGCCCAUUCUAGUUGUUUUAUUCAUGAACAGCGGCAUAUGGUGUCAAGACCAAGAGUAUUUAACGCGGUUGGAAUACUUUUAUGGAUGUCCUAAAGAAUGCCAAUGCCCUGGCAGAUCUUCGAAUGCCCUCCACUGCGACAGCAGGCAUCUCAGUGUCAUGCCCUUGGUACCAUCAAGAAUCCUGUAUGCCUACCUGCAAAACAAUCUCAUUGAUGGCAUCUCAGAGAAGUCCUUCAAAAACGGAACUCAAUUGAAGUGGGUGAACUUAAACAAAAAUAAGAUCACAAACAGCAACAUUUCAAAAGGCCUCUUUAAGAAAAUGGAAAACCUGCUCUACCUGUUUCUUGACGACAAUAGCCUGGAGAAAGUGCCAUCACCUCUGCCAACCAGCCUGGAGCAACUUCGGUUGGCGAGGAACAAGAUUUCCAGCAUACCUGAGGGAACUUUCUCAAACCUAGCCAAGCUGACAUUGCUCGACCUGCAAGGCAACAUGUUGAAAGACUUUGUCAUUCAGCCCAACACAUUUAAAGGACUGAAGACGUUACUGCAGCUCAAUCUGGCCCAGAAUGGUCUCAAGGCAAUGCCCGAGCAGAUUCCUGUGUCAACCCUACAGCUCUAUUUGGACAAAAACUCCAUCAAAGAGAUACCCACGAACUACUUCAGCAGCCUACCGAAAUUAUCCUUUGUCAGGCUAAAUCACAAUGAGAUUUCAAGCACCGGACUUCCUGACACUAUUUUUAACGUGUCCUCCAUAUUGGACUUGCAGUUGUCCUACAACCAACUCACUUCAGUUCCUCUCAUUCAUUUCAGACUACAGCAUUUACAUCUGGACCACAACCAAAUCAAAAAGAUUAAUGGACCGCAAAUCUGCCCUCUCCCUGUCAGCAAUAUUUAUCAGAGGCCCAUCGGAGAAAAUCAGCCUCAACUCCGUUACCUACGUCUCGACGGCAAUGAAAUUAAACCACCCAUUCCCAUUGAGCUCAUGAUGUGCUUCAGGCUCCUCUCCGCAAUCGUGAUUUAAAGACACGCUCUCCCGAUCAAUUCAAAAAGAGAAGAUUAGAAAACACAAGUCUUGCUGGUCUAGUACUUGUAGAUUGAGAAUGAUUCGUAUCUUCUAAUGUGGAAGAGGGGUGAUGAAAAAUAAUCUAGUACUGACUGAAAAGAUGGCCAAUUAUUAUCAGUAGCAUUGGUGAAAAUUCAAGUACAUUAGAAAUUAAUAAUUAGUCAGAGGUCUUCAAUUCCAAUAAGACCAGCAAAAGAACAUCUGAGCCUCAGUAUCAUUGUUCAAGCUGUUUAAAUCUGAAGUUUUAUUUUCAUGUAGGUAGCUGGCUCAUUACAAGCAUGGAUUGGAAAAAAAAUCAUGUCUAGUAAUUUGUUAUAUGGUUGUAUAUUGAUGAGUAAAGUAUUAUAUGCCACGCAAAGUGACAAAAUCUGUAAGAUGAUAACAUUUUACAUCGAAUUCACCUGUGGCGAUUUACAUAUUUGGUAGAAGGUUCGUAGAGCAGGUAUUUAAAAACAAAUUGAAGUUAGCGACUUUUCUAACACAUUCCUAUAAUGGUAAUAAUCAAAUGUGUAAUAAUUAAAUAAUAUUGUAUGCA